UCCGGUGUGUUUGGUUUAUACUGUCUGAGCAGCGAAAUGCUAACGGUUCAUGGGAGCCAUUAAGUUUAAAGUUUAAAAAAAUAAAAAUUAAAAAAAACUAAAGAAUAAUGUCGCUUUCAACAGCUCGGUCCUUUCUGUCGGAGGCCUGUUAUGGCGAACAAGAACUGGACGCUAAUUCUGCUCUUAUGGAGCUGGACAAAGGGCUCCGGUCGGGGAAACUGGGGGAGCAGUGUGAAGCUGUGGUGUUGUUCCCCAAACUUUUCCAGAAGUACCCAUUUCCCAUCCUCAUUAACUCUGCCUUCCUCAAACUGGCAGACAUCUUCAGACUUGGCAACAACUUUCUGCGACUCUGUGUGCUGAAAGUAACCCAACAGAGCGAGAAACACUUGGAGAAGAUUCUGAACGUGGACGAGUUUGUGAAACGGGUUUUUUCCGUCAUCCACAGCAACGACCCCGUGGCCAGAGCCAUCACUCUCAGGAUGCUCGGUAGUUUGGCUUCCAUCAUCCCAGAGAGGAAGAAUGCCCACCACAGUAUUCGCCAGAGCCUCGACUCUCAUGACAACGUGGAAGUGGAGGCUGCCAUCUUUGCUGCUGCAAGCUUCUCUGCACAGUCAAAAGACUUUGCAGCUGGAAUUUGCAACAAAGUCAGUGAGAUGAUUCAAGGUUUGGACACUCCAGUGGAGCUGAAGCUGAAGCUGAUCCCGAUGCUGCAGCACAUGCAUCAUGAUGCCAGCCUGGCCUCCAGCAGCAGAAAGCUCCUCCAGCACCUGGUCAACUCUUACCCCUCCACCCCCAUGGUCAUCGUCUCGCUGCACACCUUCACCCAGCUGGCUGCCUCCUCCCUCAUCGAUAUUCCCAAGCAGUUACAGCUCCUCCUUCAGUACCUGAAAGAUGAUCCAAGAAAAGCUGUCAAGAGGCUCACAAUUAAUGACCUGAAGCUGCUGGCUAAAAAGGCUCCUCACCUGUGGAUCAGAGAAAACACUCAGACUCUGUGUGAGUGUGCGUUGGCCGUCCCUUACAACAGUUUAAAGCUGGGAAUGUUGGCUGUUCUCUCCACCCUCUCCGGGACUAUUGCAAUCAAACAGUAUUUCAGCAAUGUGGCAGGUGGCUCUGCGGUUCCCCCACGGCUCACUGACCUGGUUAAACUGGCACAAGAAUGCUGUUACCACAGCAACCUGGCAGUGGCCGCACACGGGGUCAUCGUGCUCUCCAACAUUUCCAUUUCCUGUCCAGAGAAAGAUAUCGUACAAUUGGAGCAGGACACAGUUUUGGGAGUGGAGUCCCUUCUGAUGCUCUGUAGUCAGGACAGCAGCCCCAGUUCACAGGCCACACUCAAAACGGCCCUCACCUCUUUGGUCAAGCUCCUGAAAAGUCGACCCCAUCUCAGCCAACCAGCGGUUGAAUUCCUGCUCGGCCAGCUCCACCUUUCCUGCGACUCCUCUCGCGUCCUCAUGUGCCACGCCCUGGCAGCCAUCGCCACCCACCUGCCCGUGCUGGGAGACGGGAUGCUGGGGGAUCUGGUGGACCUCUAUCGAGUGGCCAGUCACUCCUCCACUGACAAGCAGCAGGAACUUCUGGUUUCCUUGGCAACAGUGAUUUUCGUCGCCAGCCAGUCGUCUCUGUCGGCCGAAGUGAAGACUGUCAUUAAACAGCAGCUGGAGAACGUGGCAAACGGCUGGACGGUGUAUCGCAUCGCACGGCAAGCUUCACGAAUGGGAUGCCAUGAGUUCUCCAGCGAGCUCUACCAGUGUCUGCGGACCCGCGUGGCGUCGGAGCACUUCUACUUCUGGCUGAACAGCCUGAAGGAGUUUUCCCAAGCCGAGCAGUGCCUGAGUCACGUUGAGGACGGCGACUACAGCGGAGCCAUGACCGCCAUCGCCGAGGCCCUGCGCUCCUACCAAAAGGGCAUCGCCUCCCUCACGGCUGCCAGCACCCCUCUCAGCCCGCUAACGUUCCAGUGUGAGUUCAUUAAGCUGCGCAUCGACACCCUGCAAGCCCUGUCCCAGCUCAUCUGUACCUGCAACAGCCUGAAGACCAGCCCUCCUCCUGCCAUCGCCACCACCAUCGCCCUCACCUCGGGCAACGACCUGCAGCGCUGUGGACGCAUCUCGAUGCAGAUGAAGGUAUGCAUGGAUGAGUUCAGAAGUCUUGCCACUCGUUACGCAGACUUACACCAGUCAUCGUUUGAUGCUGAUUACGCCACCCUUCGCAACGUGGAGCUACAGCAACAGAGCUGUUUGCUUGUCUCCCAUGUAAUUGAAGCUUUGAUACUGGAUCCACAGGCAGCCAGUUUUCAGGAGUACGGCACUCUGGGGUCGGUCCAGACCGAGAGCGAAUAUGAGCGACGGAUGAUGUCGGUCUUCAAUCGUGUCCUGGAGGAAGCGGAGGGCCUCACCAAGAAACACCCUCCUGUGUCACACCUGCAUACAGGUUGCCUCUGUGAUGCCGUCAUAGCUUUGCUGAAGGUGCCGCUGUCUUUCCAGAGAUAUUUCUUCCAAAAGCUCCAGUCGACCAGCAUCAAGCUCGCCCUCUCUCCGUCGCCACGGACACCGAGCGAGCCAAUCCCAGUGCAGAACACCCAGCAGCUGACUCUGAAGGUGGAGGGCGUGGUGCAACACGGUUCCACUCCGGGACUCUUCAGAAAGAUCCAGUCCGUCUGCCUCAACGUCACGUCAGUUCUCCAGAGCAAGACGGGGCCGGACUACAAGAUUCCACUCGAUCCCAAAACCAACGAGAUCGAGCAGCGCGUGGAGCCGCACAACGACUACUUCAGCACCCAGUUCGUGUUGAAUUUCUCCGUCCUGGGAACUCACGCCGUCACCGUGGAGGCCUCCGUGGUGGAUGGGAGCGGCAUCGAGUGGAAGACGGGCCCCAAGACGACGGUCUCAGUCAAGUCCCUGGAGGAUCCUUAUUCCCAGCAGCUCCGCCACCAGCUGCAGCAGGGUGGAGCUCAGCCGGCGCCACAGAGGGGGGCCUACGCUCGCUUCUAGCAAAUCCCCCCCCCCCGUUUACAGCAUUGUAUACUCGAUUUGUUUGUAGAAAAACUAAUUGUGUACAUAUUUUUCCAGUGAUUAAAAGACCGUAUUUCAUUUUAA